GCCGCGCAAUGUGCUAUUUCGACCAGAUAAGUGGAGCCGAAGACUUGAGCAGAGGGACGAUAUCUUUGUUCUAUUUCUCUCUCCCCAUCAUCCUCCUCUUCGCCAUCUCCUCAUUCUCUCUCCUCUAACACCCAACGUACGGACAGUUGGACACUGAUUUUUAUAGUUCACAUUCCCUCCACUGGAAUCUACUUCUCCAUAGUAAUUUAUUUGGUCUCUGGAACUCAACUCUGCUUUGCUCAAGCCUUUCGAGACUAUCAAUUAGAUCAAAACUUUUUUCUCAAGGUACACAAAAAGAAGUAGAAGAGGAAGAGGAGGGGAUGUCUUUCAUUGGGACUCAACAGAAAUGCAAGGCUUGUGAGAAGACAGUGUAUCCUGUGGAGCUAUUGUCAGCUGAUGGAGUUAAUUAUCAUAAGUCUUGCUUCAGAUGCACCCAUUGCAAAGGCACUCUUAAGCUGAGUAAUUACUCGUCGAUGGAAGGUGUUUUGUACUGUAAACCUCAUUUUGAGCAGCUCUUCAGGGAAUCCGGGAAUUUCAAUAAGAACUUCCAGUCGCCAGCUGCCAAAUCAGCUGAAAAGUUAACUCCGGAGCUGACAAGGUCCCGUAGCAAAGCUGCUGGAAUGUUCUCUGGGACUCAGGAAAAAUGUGCUACCUGUGGGAAGACGGCUUACCCUCUGGAGAAGGUGACAGUUGAGAACCAAUCCUACCACAAGUCGUGUUUUAAGUGUUCUCACGGAGGAUGCUCCUUAACACCCUCAAACUAUGCAGCUUUGGAUGGAAUCUUGUAUUGCAAGCCUCACUUCUCCCAACUGUUCAAGGAGAAAGGUAGUUACAACCACCUAAUCAAGUCGGCUUCGAUGAAACGCCCAAUAACUCCCAUUCCCGAUGUUUGAAGAUUGAAUCGCUAAUGAUCUUUUUGUUGCGUCUUUCUCUGCUCCUGCUUGCCAUUUACUUCAAUCAAUCAGUGUGCUUUUGCAGUAAUUUGGCCAGUAGCAUAUCAAACUAUUGUUCUCCAAAUGUUCAUGAUUGAUUUCUGGAGUGUUUCAUGUAUACAUCAUGUGGCGGGUUUUGUCGUUGAUUAUGUGUGAACUUGUGUAGCUCUGUGCCUAUGUUUUAAUCAGACAAUUCCCAUUGGUUGGGGGCAGG